ACCGCGGCGCGGUCCCCACGUCGUAUAGUCCGCGCGCGACGCCUCACAAUACAAAGAACUCUGUAUUGUAAAAAAUCUGUGAUGUAUUGAUUAAUUCCAACGUUCAAACAUCAGUGUAACACCAAAACUUAUGCAAAAUAUCAAUUAAAGACCAGUGUACGUGUUAGAAGUGCAUCGAUUGACUCGUUUUUCGAGCCACGUCUCUUGGAAUUCCACAUUUAUCGAUGAAUAGAAUCUAGUGUGUGCAAGGAACAUGGUGGACGAGACUGUGUGUUGAAAACGAAUUGUGUUUUCUGUGUGAAUUGUGGUCGUUUAUCAAAGAAAUACAACACAAAAUGAGUUGAUAAUUGUAAAUAUGGAUUGGAAUAAGUGUUUGGCGACCAGAUUGGUGUAAAAGUAUCACUAGUUCUUCGAUCGAAUGUAAGAGCAUAAAGAAGCCAGAAUGGUGUCUUUGGGUUAUUUCGGAUUACGGCAAACGCCCUGGACGAUUAUUGUCAUAAUAUUCUUCAUUGAAAGCGUAAUGGGUAAUUACGCGAAAUCAUUCUACAUACAUUGGAACACAACUAAUAGCAUAUUUAGAAUAGAUAAUACAGAUCAUGUAUUCGAUUUGAAUAAAGGGAAUGCCCAAUUCGAAUAUGAUCAAGUCAAUAUUAUAUGUCCCGUUUAUCCGCCAGGGACGUUUGAGGAAGAUACAGAAAAGUAUAUAAUAUACAAUGUGAGUAAAGAAGAAUAUGAUACGUGUAGGAUAACCAAUCCGAAUCCCCGGAUAAUAGCGAUAUGUGAUAAACCUCACAAAUUGAUGUUUUUCACAAUAACCUUCCGACCGUUCACACCUCAACCGGGCGGUUUGGAAUUCCUGCCUGGGAAGGACUACUAUUUUAUAUCUACAUCUAGUAAGGACGACUUACACAGACGCAUCGGCGGGCGUUGCCUUAGCCAUAACAUGAAGCUGGUUUUCCGCGUGUGCUGCAAGCCGGAGGAUCAAUCGCCAGCUCCUCCUCCACAGCCAUCUCUCCCACCACCACCUCCGCCGCCGCCUACUACAUCCACAACAACUACAACGACGACAACUUUCAAGCCUGUAACGAAGAAGACGCAUAAAUAUGACAAGACGCCCAACGAAGUUGUCAAAAGCGAGGAGUUGUCGUAUUCCCGAGGAGCAGCACUUGCAUCUUCCCUUGCCUUGGCUCUGGCUGCUAGUGCAGUGCUAGCGCCUUUAGCUCGGUGAAUGUGCGCUCGAGCGGCGCGGCAUCCGCGUCCCGACCUCUUGGCGAAGCCGUGUCCUGCUCACACAACCCAAACUUUACAAUCUUUACAAUCACUACAUUUGCGUCCUGACACUCUAGUCUACACUUAAAGUGAUGUGACGUGCUAGUGAUAGUGGAUUGCCCCAUAAUGUGGAUUGAGGAUGUUUUGUAAGUAAGUACUUAGAAGACUUAUAGGUUCAAUGUUCAUGGUUGGUCCGAAGAUUGGUGCCGAAAAGUAUUCAGUUUCGACAGUGUUGUGCUACUUUUGUUCCACAGUAAAGUUCCAAAAUGACAAAUUUUUAGUCUGUAAGGAGUCUUGGAAGCCUAAUUUUUACUAUUUGUAUAAAUAUAAGUAUUAUUGGGCCUACUGAAUAAUCGAACUAUUACGGUAAUUUCUG